AUGGAUUUCAUCAAGACCAGUUCCCCGCGUGCUCUGAGUGAGUUAACUCUCCAACACAAUUGGAUUGGCAUCAUUUGGAUGAGUAGAAGUGAAGAUAUGAUCAAAUUAAUGAAGACCCGUCCAAAUGGCUUUAUAGAGCAUUCGCGUCCUGAGCCGCGCACACCGGCCGAUCGUGGAACGAACAUACCGCGAUCGUCACGCGCACAUCAUUCGCAUCCCGCCAAGUCCACGGCCGAGCUCACGUCCCGACCCGAAAAGCAACGUCCCACGGUCGAGCCAUUCUUAGCUCACCACCACAAGCUGUGCACGACCGCGCCGCGCGAACAGGAAGGCAACAGCUCGCGACCGCGCGGCACAACCCACGUACCGCGGCCGACCCAUCCGUCCGACCAGGAAGGCUUCGUCCCGCGACCGGCCCAUAUUCAUCGGCCAAAACUUAUCCAUCCGUCCGACCCUGUCGGCCGAACACAAAAACUCUCGGCCACGAUCGUUCCGACCGUGGCUGUAAUAUCCUGCAUCAGAGCGGAAUUUUUGCCGCACGAUCCCAAUCCCAAUUGCAGCUUGAGGAAGGAGCCAAUAGGAUGGAGCCACUCAUUCCAGGAAGAUAGGAUCAAGGAAGUGAUGCUCAUCUUGAAUGGACCAAUCAGGUUCAGCUACCCAGCAGCUUGGAAAAUGGACCAAUGGAAAGGUGCCAUUCAAGCUGAGUGGAUAAUGAUGGAUGGAGCUGCUGUAGGCGUGCCUCAACACCAUUGGUCCACAAGGGGAAGAGGUGGCGCCAUUCUGGUGGAGGAGAUCACUCACAUGCUUCACUUCCCAGCCUAUAAAUAG